AACUUAUUUUAUAUAGCUCCAACGGGUCAUAUUUAUUGUUAACUAUAGUUUAGUCCAUCUUAAUAUACUAAUAAAGUAUAUUAUAUAUAUAUAUAUAUACACAUAUUUAUUUAAAAUAACUAUUAUGUUCAAACCGUUUAAUUAAAAAUUGAAGACAUUUUUUAUAAAGCAUGAUGGUGAUAAAACCCUUAAGUGUUCAUAUUUUAUUUUUAUUUUUAUACGUUGCUAAUGGCCUUUAUGAAGAUCAAGUGGGAAAAUUUGACUGGAGACAAAGCUAUGUUGGAGAAAUAAAAUUUUCUACAAUUGAUACUGAUGCAACAACAAAACGUGUUUAUGUAGCCACUAAAAGUAAUGUUGUUGCUUCUAUGACUAUAGAUACUGGGGAUAUUGUGUGGCGACAAAUUUUAGAAAAAGGCCCAGAUGGAAAUAUACAACUUUUACAUCCAACAAAGUCAAAAAUUAUCACCGUCAGUGGUACAAACAUAAUUAAAGUACGGGGUUGGGAUGUUAAGGAUGGGCAUUUGAACCUUGAAUGGAGCAUUGAAGCUGAAAAUGUGUUGUAUUGGUUUGUUUUCAAUGGACUACUUCAUAAAGUCUAUACAUCUGAUAAUAUAAUUAGUGUAGAUACUUACUAUUUAGAAACUGGAACCAAAGGAAAAAGUACAUAUACAUAUCCUGUUCAUUGGUUUACUGGAUAUGAUAGAUGUGCAUUAUCAACUGGAAGUUUAGCUUGUCUGAGUGUAUCAGGGGAAUUAAGUAUUGUAACUUUGACUAAAGCUACUAAAGAUCAGUUAAUUGUUAAUGAACACAGUGAAAAUAUAAAAGCAAUACCUGGUAGUCCAAUACCAGCAUUUAUUAUUAAAAAUAAUAAUAUUAAAAAAAUUGUAUUUAUCAAAGAUAACAAAGCUUAUACUCAAACUUUAUCCAGAGGUGCUUCACCUUUUAUUUACACCUAUAUGGCUGAUAGACAUAUUUUACUUCAAGUUUCAUCUCCUGCUCAAAAUACAAUUGUAACAGAAGGAGCAAUUUUAGAAGAUUCAACUUUAAUUGAAAGUUUAUCUUCAAAGGAAUCAAUUAAUUUACUAAAAAUUGUUAACCCAAGUAUUUCAUCAGCUUUCUGUGGCCGAAGUAAAGCUAAUACUGUUAAUUGUGUUCUUUUAAUCACUACAGAUGAUCAAACAUUAAUGCUAUUAAAACUUCCAGGCUCAAUAAAAUGGCAUAGAGAAGAAUCACUAACUAAUAUUGUAAGUGUAGAGAUGGUUGAUUUACCAGUAUCUGACAUUGAAGCUGCUAUUGAAAAAGAAUUUGGAAACAAAGAUUCAUUUUUGGAUCAUGAUGUAUCAACUAGUCCAUUUAGUAUGUUUGUUCGACGUUUACAUAGCCAGUCACAACAAAUAUAUAAUAUUCUUACAACAGUUUUGGGUCUAGUAGAUUCACCAUCAAAAACAGUAGGAAAUAAAAAUAAUCUUGUUAGAGAUCAAUUUGGCCUACACAAAAUAAUAGUUGCAGUAACUAGUGCUGGAAAGGUUUUUGGCAUUGAUAAUUUAAAUGGUGAAAUUCUAUGGUCUGUAUUGUUAAAUGAUAUUGGAGAAUUUUAUGUUAAUACACUAGGUGAUGCACCAAUUGUACCAAUGUAUUUACAAAGAAAUUCAAAACAUUUAUCAUAUCCACCAAUGUGUACUCUAUUGUUGAAAAAUAAAAAGUCUGGAAAUACAGUUAUUUUCACAUUCAAUCCAAUUAAUGGAGAAUCCCAAAAUAAAGUUAAAGAACUUCCAUAUAGAGUAGUGCAAGCAGUUCCUCUUUCAGUUUUAAAUACAGAAUCAAUUCGUUGCCUUAUAUUGUUUGAUAGUACUAAUAUUGCCCAUUUAUAUCCUGACAAUAAUCCAUUAUCUUCAAAACCCUCUCCUGUGUAUAUAUACACAGCAAAUCCUAUAAAUGGUGUAUUACAAGGAUUUAAUGUUAACGUACCUAUAUCUGGAAAAAGUCUAACGUCUAAUGAAGUAUGGAAAAUACAGUUUAGUAAACCUACUCAAGUAAUUGCCAUUGGUUCAAAAGAGGCAAUUGAACAUGUACAUUCCCAAGGAAGAGUCAUGAGUGAUCGAAGUGUAUUGUAUAAGUAUAUAAAUCCAAAUAUGGUUGCUAUUUUAACUUUAGCUCCUGAUACCACUCAUAAGAGUGUUUUGACCCUACAUUUACUGGACACUGUUAGUGGUAUUAUUGUUUACUCAGUAGUCCAUAAAAGAGCAACUUAUCCAAUACAUUUGGUACACUCAGAGAAUUGGCUUUUAUGUUCAUACUAUAAUGAUAAAAAUAGACGUACCGAAAUUGCAUCUUAUGAAUUAUAUGACGGCAAUCAGAUGUCAAAUUCUACAGAAUUCUCAUCAGUUGGUGGUAGUCUGAUUCCACCAAUUGUUGAAAAACAAGCUUACAUAUUCCCUGGAUUUUUACAAGCCAUGAAGCCAACUAUCACGGAAAAGGGAAUCACAAGCAAACAUAUAUUGAUGGCUACAACUUCUGGUCAUUUAUUAGAAAUGCCUUGGGCAUUCUUAGAUCCCCGUAGACCUCUUGGUGAACCUAAAGAAGAAGGAGCUAUUCCAUACAUUCCUGAACUCCCCACCCCAACUGAAUCAAUGAUCAAUUAUAAUAAAACUUUAAUGCGUGUAAAUGGCAUUUAUACUGCACCUAGCAGUUUGGAAUCAACUUGUUUAGUUUUUGUGCAUGGAUUAGAUCUCUUUUAUACAAGAGUCGCACCUUCAAAAACUUUUGAUGUGCUCAAAGAAGAUUUUGAUUACUUGGUUAUCAUUAUUGUUACAACUGUGCUUUUGAUUAGUGCCUAUGUCACAAAAAAUCUUGCAUCACAAAAAGCUUUGAAACAAGCAUGGAAAUGAAAGCACAUAAUACUUUGUGCUAUAUAAAAUUAAAUUUUGUGAUGAAUUACUUUUAUCAAAUUAUAAAUUUUGAUUCUCAAUUUUAGAGCAUUGUAUUUUUAAGUAUGUUAAAUAAAGGAUAGUGGCCCUAAUUUGAUAUUUGUUUUUCUUUGUAAGAAAUUUUUAUUUGUUUAGCUUUUGAUAAUUAUUGUAAAAUAAUUCGUUUGUUAACUGUAAAGUGUGUUUAAAUAUAAUUUCUUAUCAAUCAUAA